AGAUCAAUAAAACAUGUUCCAGGGUACGGUGAACAUGGUUACAACUCUCACUUAGCCGAGACUAUAGCGGUUAACAGAGAUAUCGGGGAUAAACGGCAUCCACAGUGUAAGAACGGAGGAUGGCCCACAGACCUACCAAGAGCGAGUAUAAUCUUCUGUUUUCACAACGAGAACUUGAUAGUAUUAUUAAGAUCUAUAUACUCGGUACUAAUGCGGACACCGCCGGAGCUAUUGGCUGAUAUCAUUGUCGUGGACGACUCAAGUACAGAGAAACACCCUGAUAUAAAAGAACCGUUAGACGAGAUGGUUGCUCUGAUGGGAGGUAAAGUUAAAGUUCUCAGACUCGACCAGAGGUCCGGACUCAUUAAAGCUAGGAUGGCUGGUGCUGCUUACAGUACUGGAGAGGUCCUAGUUUUCUUUGAUGCGCACAUUGAGUGCUCACACGGGUGGGCGGAGCCUAUGAUGGAGAGAAUUUAUCACGAUCCUUCUACUGUUGUGUGUCCUUGUAUUGAUAUUAUCAAGCACGACACGAUGGAGUACCCCAACAAUGCCCAACAAGAGAUACAGAAAGGAGGGUUCCACUGGGGCCUCAUUUACAAGUGGAUACCUCUUAAUGCUACUCAGCGAGCACUAGGAAUAACCGCACCCCAGGCGUCUGCCACAAUGGCUGGAGGACUGUUCGGUAUAGCUCGGGACUAUUUCUACCAACUUGGCACUUACGACGAGGACAUGAAAAUCUGGGGCGGUGAAAAUCUCGAGAUAUCUUUCAGGAUAUGGAUGUGUGGUGGAAGGUUGGAGAUUGUGCCUUGUUCCCGGGUCGGGCAUUUGUUCCGAGUUAAGAAUCCGGUGUCUUUUCCAGAUGGUUCGGAUACGGUGUCACGUAAUACUAGACGUCUAGCCGAGGUUUGGCUAGAUGACUACAAAGAAUACUACUACGAUAUACAAGGUGGAAAAGGAAGGGACUUUGGCGACGUCAGCGCUAGAAAGCACCUCCGAGAUCGACUGCAAUGCAAGGACUUUAAAUGGUUUGUUAACAGCGUUUAUCGAGAAUUGGUUGUUCCUGAUGACUCCAACUAUGCGCUUGGUUCCGUACGUAACCCCACAUCUAACCUAUGCCUGGACGACCUACAGAAACUAGACGAUGACAAGGGUGACAAGAAAGUAGGUGUCUACUGGUGUCACGGCCAGGGUGGCUCUCAGUUCUUUAUCUUCUCCAAGGACUAUGAGCUUGUGGCGCUGCGCAAGAACGACUAUUGUUUGGAUAAUAGUAACUACGCGCCCGGGGCAACUCUUGAGUGGUAUCCGUGUCAUAAGAUGGGCGGGAAUCAACUCUGGACCUUCAAAACACAGACUAAAGAGCUGAUACACGUGCCGAGCAAUAAUUGCCUGGACGCGCGAGGCCUCAAAGCCAAGGACUUAGUUAAGCUUAACCCCUGUGAUGGGUCUCUGGGUCAACAAUGGGAGUUUAGUAAGGUUUACAGUAAAGAAACGUUAUGGAAAAAAGUGAAGUAAUAAACAUUUAAAAGAGUUUAUAUAUUUUUAUAAUAAGGUUUAUAUGAUACGAUCUGCUAAUUGGCUUAUUAGUUUAAUUGCUAAUUAGCUAAUUAUCUAAUUAGUUAACUGUUGUACAGGUCGCCUGUGUAUUAAACGAUUUUUUCCC